AUGUCUCUCCGACUAACGAUGUUCACUUCAUGUUUUCAAAUAGAUCGACAUCUUAAGAUAGGGUCUGUUCGAUACCUAAGCUCAAAGAAUAAGUAUUUCGUUAUUUUUUUGUUCAUCAGGAUCGCAAGAUUAAUCCAUCGACUUCAAGAUUUAAUUCAAAAGUUGUCCUAUAAAGAAAGCGGCUUGCAUCAUCGGCCAAUUGCGGAUUCAGCGAAGGAUUUUACUGCAAGUAAUAGUAAUGAGAGCCAAGAUCGAAACGAAGACGAAAAGGAAAGCUCUCUUAAUAAUCAAAAGAAAUCGUCAUCACAGACAAGAAGCAGCAAUCAUCAUGCUCGUGAAGCUGCUGAUGCUAUGUCUUCUCAUGACUUACAUGAGAAGAAGAAAGACGAUAAAAAACUUGUAGAUGACGCUAUUCAAGCAAAAAAACACGAAGAACAUAAGCGAGAUCUCUCAAAGGAACAUGAUAGCCGACAAAUACGAUAUCCGUUUAAGAAAGAAGAUGGCCAACGAAAAUGGUAUCCAUUUAAGAAGGAUGCUGACCAACGAAAAUGGUAUCCAUUUAAGAAAGACGAUAACCAGCUCAAAUGGUAUCCAUUUAAAAAAGAUGAUAAUCUACCAGGAACGUUUCCAUUUAAAAGAGAAGACAAUCUACCAGGCAUGUUUCCGUUUAAAAAAGAAGACAAUCUGCCUGGCAUGUUUCCAUUUAAAAGAGAAGAUGAUCUACCAGGCAUGUUUCCGUUUAAAAGAGGAGAUAAUCAACGCAAAUGGUAUCCAUUUAAAAAAGAAGAUAACCUACCAGGCAUGUUUCCAUUUAAAAGAGGAGAUAAUCAACGUAAAUGGUAUCCAUUUAAAAGAGAAGAUGAUCUACCAGGAAUGUUUCCAUUUAAAAGAGGAGAUGACCUACCAGGAAUGUUUCCAUUUAAAAGAGGAGAUAGUCAACGUAAAUGGUAUCCAUUUAAAAGGGAAGAUGAUCUACCAGGCAUGUUUCCAUUUAAAAGAGGAGAUAAUCAACGCAAAUGGUAUCCAUUUAAAAGAGAAGAUAAUCUACCAGGCAUGUUUCCAUUUAAAAGAGGAGAUAAUCAACGCAAAUGGUAUCCAUUUAAAAGAGAAGAUAAUCUACCUGGCAUGUUUCCAUUUAAAAGGACAACCGAAAAUAUUAACUAA